UCAUUAUCAUGGAUAAUGUAUAUUUGCAAUAAUUCAAAUAAUUUAUAUUUUAAGGGGUCUCGUUGGACAUUACAAGGAACACUUAUGAAUGGCAAGAUAGAAUUUUUGAACUGGUCCAUCAAGCCUGAUCAAAUACAUUUAAUUAAUCCGUUAUUCGUUUUGAUAUUCAUACCACUUUUUAAUGGUGUAGUUUAUCCAAUUUUGUAUAAAAUUGGUAUAAAUACACCUUUAAAAAAAGUCACUCUAGGUGGAAUAUUUGCUGCAUCGUCGUUUGUAUGUUCUGCUGUCGUGCAGGAUAUUAUUAUUGGUCAUCCCUUAUUACUGCCAUCAAAUGAAGGUCAAUUAAGAAUAUACAAUAAUUUUGAUUGUCGUGUAGCCAUGUCCGUUUCUUUGGUUGGAAACUUCAGUAUUGAACCAUUAGAUGUACUUCAUAUUAAUUAUAGUUCAGCUGUAUUUAAUGAAACUGAUGUUCUAUCUAUAGACGUAAAUCCAAAGUGCCAAUUAAAAACGGGUACUUUGAAACAACGUGUUUUUAUAGUCAAAGGAAGGGUUUCAUCGUAUUUAUUAACAUCUAAAAAAAAUGAUGAUAUCGAAUUAAAAAAUUUAAACGAAUUGAGGAAAUUAAGGAGUGGAAAUUCAAAUCUCAGGAUUUCCUACAGUGAUAAUUUGUCCGGCAAAAGCAUUACAUUAAGGGAUACUAAUAAUAAAUUAUCUAAUGUUAAUAAUUUUCAAGCAGUGCUAUUAAACAAAAAUACAAACCAUGAAAUACCUGUUGGAACUUACAAUAUAUACCUAGACAAUGAACAGAUUUUAAAAAAGAUAGAUUUACUACCGGCUAGUGUUAAUGAGUUAAUAUUUCACCAACGUUUUAAUCAUACGAACGCCAAGUUAAUUACUUCAGAAAGUGGAAAAUAUAUACAUAUUCUAUGGCAAGUUCCUCAAACGCUUUUAAUUACAGUAGCUGAAGUAAUGAUCAUCGUUACAUUAUUGGAGUUUACGUUCACCCAAGCUCCAUUAAGUAUGAAGUCUUUUAUAUCUGCAGCCAAUUUAUGUACUCAGGCAGUUGGCAAUUUACUUAUCGUUAUUAUAUCUAAGAUGAGAUUGUUUGAGAAUCAAGUUCAUGAAUACAUUUUUUACGUAAUAUUAGUAGUUUUAGGUGUCAUAAUAUUUAUGUUGAUGACUGCCAAGUAUAAAUAUAAAUCUGUAACAGAUAAUCAAUCUAAAGAAUGAGCGAUAGUAUUUUAAAUAUUCAAAUAUAUUUACAAUAUUUAGCUGCCGCAACAUCAAAGAUCGACAUUUAAGGUAACCCAUCGAAA